ACCCAACCGGAUUAAUUGAAAUUUCAAACAAAAGGCAGAUAUGAGAAAAUUAUUAUUUCAUGACAGAAAAUAAUUUAACAAUAAAUGGCCUUGAGUUAGCAAAGAUUACAUCUGUACACGAGAGAUAUGGCUUUGAACUUCGUGCUUAACUAUAACAUCGUCCCUGACUUACCAAUCGAUCGUUGACCUAUUAGCACCUAUAUUACAAAAGAAAUGAAUAUUAACUUUUUUUAAUAAUAAGUAAGAAAAUUAGAAAGAAUAACAGAGUAAAGUGAAAUUCUUGAGAAAGGGAACAUGUCUAACAUGAGGACGUAUCACGUUUAUCUGACGAUAAGACUUUUAAAUUAUGAUGACUUUUUAAUUUCAUUGUUUUUAGCUAGACAGAAAUAUGGUUUCGUAAUUAAGAUCGAUAUAGUCUCUUUAGGAGAAUUCAUUGUAAACAUAAAUGAAUUUUGAAGAGAAAACGUUGAAAAAUGAAUAAAGGUGAAUGCUUGUUAUUAACAGCUUAAUUACAGAUUAAUCACGUAACCACAUGAUAAUAGGUUGUUCAUUUACGUCAUAACAAUUUACGUUUUAACAAAUGUGACAUUGAUUACGUAAUACGAGAUCUUCCGAUAACAAAUAACAAUUACAAUUAUUUCACUUAAAUUGUGAUAAACACGUAAUUAACAAGUGAGAAUAAUUGUCUAUAAUAAUUUUAUAAGGCAACGAAAUGAUUAUUUUUUAUAUUUAUUAUUUUCAGCUUUUUAAUUAGCUUUCUGUUAAUUAAUCAAUUUUAUUUUUCAGUUUUAAAGGAAAUAGAGUUAAUUUUUGCACUCAAAAUCCUGCAUGCUGUACAUUUAACCAAUCCUAUAGAUGCUAAUUCCUGAUUUUUCUUUCUUUUCGUAAUUUAUCUAUUUAGCUCCAUUUUUAUUAUUAUUUGCUCAAACCGUCAAGUGUCGCACGCACUUUUCUACGCCCACACAUGCUUGCACGUAUUUUAGUCUUUACACUACCUCGACGGACGAAGAAAUCGAGAAAGCGUGCAUGCUGAAACGAUUGACAUUCGAGGUAUCCGAGCACGGCUGGAAGGUCCUUAUGGUAGGAGAAAGGCGUGGCAGAUCUAUUCCGGGCGAGAUCCAAGGGCUAAAGGGUUGGCCCCGUCGUUGGAUCCACUCGGGCAAUAGUUAUAUUUAAAAGCCGUGAAAAUGGCCGAUCGGAGAAAUACAAGAUACGUUGAAGAUUGUGAUAAUGAUAUUAAUAGGCUUCCGAUGCCCUUGGGAAAUUCGGAGAUCAAUAUAGAUAAUGAUUGUUGCAAUAGUAACAAUAAUAAUAACAACAUUAACGAUAAUAAUGAUCGAACAGUUAUGGUAUAUCCGGAGAAGGAUUUGAUCAAUAGUCGAUUAUCUUCAAAUGAUAUUAAAAAUUUAUAUCCGAGGAGAAGGGCACCUAUCGUUGGUUGGCAUAAUGGAAGUCCAACAAUAUUUCCAAGUUCUCCUUGCAGAACUCCUGAACCUGAUUUUUUUAAUAGAAUCGAUUUCGACGGCCAUAUCAGCGAUACUUCGUCGUCCAAAAGUUCAGGUAUUUGUCAGGAUUCAGGUAACACCGAGGAUUUGAGUAGUCUAGCUGAUGAAAGAUUACUUGAAUCAACACCAGCUCGUACGAUAGACAGAAGUAUAGAAUCUUUAUCACCGGAUAAGGACACUCUUCUGACAAUGUCACCUGAUAAUUUCGGUAGAAAUCGAAUAUUGAGUUUGGAAGAUGAAAUAGGAGAUAAGUUUGAUUUCCUGAGUCCUGACACAGAUGGUACGGAGGAUAAUAGAAUGUUCUCAGCCACAGGGGAACAUCGUUUGAUCUUUCCAAAUUCGAUGAUAGAAUCAAAAAAGAGUCCUCCGACAAAAAAUCCAAAUAACGACGAUUCGAUAAUACCAAUUAUUAUAGCCAAUCCUGGAUAUCAAGGAGACAUAAAAGACAUCAGCGAUUUUGACAGUGCCGUUGAUUUGGAGAAUGAUCUCGAUUCUACAAUCGCAGAUAAGGAAAUUAAUAAAAAACCACGUAUACCAGACGGUGGUUGGGGAUGGGUAGUCGUUUUAGCCUCUCUGAUAAUCUCCAUGAUAGCCGACGGAGUAUCCUUCAGUUUUGGCUUGCUUUAUAUCGAAUUUCUUAAAGAAUUUGGAGCUAGCAAGGCGAAAACAGCUUGGAUUGGUUCUUUGUUCAUGGCUGUACCAUUGUUAUCUGGUCCUGUCAUGUCUGCUUUAGUGGAUCGUUACGGUUGUAGGAAGAUGACGAUUCUUGGAGGUCUUAUUUCGGGAUUAGGUUUUGUUUUGAGCUGCUUCAGCAACACCAUCGAGGUAAUGUACUUGACAUUUGGCGUCAUAGCGGGUUUGGGCUUAGGUUUGUGCUACGUCACUGCGGUCGUGAGCAUCGCUUAUUGGUUUGACAAGAAGCGUACCUUAGCUGUAGGUCUUGGGGCAUGUGGUACCGGUAUUGGUACCUUUGUUUACGCACCGAUGACAACUUUCUUCAUCGAGGAAUAUGGUUGGCGUGGUACUUGUCUCAUGUUGGCUGGUACAUUUUUUAACAUGAUUGUUUGUGGUGCAGUCAUGCGUGAUCCGAAAUGGUGGAUCUUGGAACAAAAGAAACAGGCAUUAUCUUCUCCGAAGAAAUCGAACACCAUCAAAUCCGAGGUCGAUGGUUCGUUCCAUGGGUUUUCUGAUGAAUUUCCAGGCGUCGAGGAAAUUCGACAGAUGUUGAAGAGUGGCAAAACGGAAUACCUACUUCAAAGUCUUGGUACUAGCACGGCAACACCUAAUCGAGCUGCCACGCGUGGUUCAACUUUCAGAAGUGUUGUCAAUUUGCCUACUUUCGUCAAGGAGUGCGAGAAGGUGCCUUUGGAAGUUUUAGAAUCACUCUCCGUUAAUUCAAGACUCUACAAUGUCAUUCUAGAAAAUUAUCCGAAUCUUUUGAAGUGUCGAAGUCUCUCGGAUAAAUUAGUGGAUGAUUCUAUGGGAGAUGAUUACAAGAAAGCUGGCGUCACUAUGUCUAUGAGGAUCAAGAAAGCUGACGAAAAUAAGAAUAUUCAUCCAGAAUAUGAAGAAACAAUUAAUGGCGAUAAGAAAAUUUUGAAUGACGUCAACGAAGCCAGUUACUUCAUAAAAAAGGACAUCGUGAUACCAAUGACUGAUACCGAAAAAGUAAAAUCGAGACAUCAUAUACCCGGUUUGACGGAUGGAGUCGUCAGGACGGAUUCGUUGCCUUGGCUGAGAAGGCAAUUUAGCACAAAUACACAUUACUUCAAAGACAUUAGGGUUCAUAGAAAUUCGGUUAUGUAUCGAGGUGCAGCAUUAAAUCUUCAGAAAUAUAGAUUAAGAGCCAGUAGCUGUCCAAAUAUUUAUAAAAAUAGUAUGACUACGUUAGCGAAGGAAAGCGAAGAGAAAUGGUAUAGCGAAUUAGUAAAUAUAUUGAAAGGUAUGAUGGAUUUUUCGAUGUUUCUGGAGUUUCAUUUUCUGUUGAUGUCGCUCUCGACGAUAUUAUUAUUCACUUGGUUUAUCGUACCUUACUUCUAUCUUGCCGAACAUCUUACUAGAAAUGGUUACUCUGACUCUGAUUGUGCUAAUCUCCUUAGCAUUAUUGGUAUAACGAAUACAAUUGGAAUGAUCGGUCUUGGAUGGGCAGGUGAUCAACCCUGGAUGAACGUCAGCAAAACAUAUGCUUGUUGUUUGGCUAUCUGUGGUAUAUCUACGAUUCUGAUGUCUACGUUCACUAUGUAUUACAUCCCACUGAUUAUUACAUCUGCAUCUUUUGGACUCUUCUUCGCCAGUAGUUUUAGUUUCACGCCAGUUAUUCUGGUUGAGUUGAUACCCUUGGAAAGAUUUACCACUGCUUAUGGUCUGACUUUGCUCUGUCAGGGUAUAGGUAAUCUUUUAGGGCCACCGCUGGCCGGUUGGCUAUUCGAUAUAACGAAUUCUUGGGAAAUGUCUUUCACAAUGGCUGGUUUAUGGAUUAUUAUAGCUGGUCUUUUGAUAGGUGUAAUACCUUUUACAAAAAAUCGAAAGAUUUGGGGUAGCGGCCUUAUCGAAAUGGAACGGUUAACUUUGACACAAAACCAAGCAUAGUUGAAUUUUUUUGUUGAUUGAUGUCUAGUAGAUAUAUUAGAAGCGUGAUAUAGCCAUCAAUUAAUUGUUCUGUUUUAAUUAUUAGAAAAAUGAAAAUCGAAUGUGAGAAUAACUUAUAAUGUUAAUUAAUUUCUUUUCUUAGUACAAGUUUUUCUUUGUAUUAUUAUUUGGUGUAUAACAUCUUGUUGAAAGAAUCGAAACUUUAGCCAAUUAUUGGAUAAAUUCAAAUCGUACUAUCUUUUUACACAUAUACCUAUUGUGCCAGGACAUACAGUCCUUAUUUCUAGUCCUAAAGUAAUAAUAGCGAGCAUCACGAACAAUUCUUUAUUGAUAAUCAUUUUCGAAUAUUAUCGUUUAUUACUUUAUUUAACAUUAUUAUAAUUCGAAUAUGUUCAUAUUAUAAAUUUUCUAUAAUUAUAUAUUUAUGUGAAUAUUGAGUUGAGCAAAUGAAAAUUGACGUCACUUCAUACUUGGUCGAUAAUUGGAAUUUGCUAAUGUUAUCCGUCAGUAAGAAACAUUUUUCAAGCGCCUUCGAUAUGCAACACAGUCUCUUUUACGUAUACAUGCGUUGCUUAUCAUAAAGUUUCUUACUAACAGAUGGCACUCGUAAGCGGUUAUCGAUGAAGUAUAGAGCAUUACAUAUUUACAGGCGGCUUAAUAUUCGUAUAAAUAAUUCUGAACCAAUAUAUGAUUUUCUCUUUUUUUUAAUAUUUCGAUUAAUUUCGAAGAUAUUUUGUUCUAAUCCUUUUCGCAAUAUCGAAAAUAAUUCCCUAUGGUCGUGCCUAAUAAAAGAUGUGCCUUCGAUGUACUUAGGAGCAAAAUUUUGCAGGGCUUCCGAGCAUCGAAGCUAUCGAUGAAUAGUUGCGCGAACAAAAAUUUCAUAACUUAAGUAUGUGUAUCUUAUAAACAUAUAUACAACGAAAUUCGUAAUACAUUUACGAUUCAAGAAAUAAUUGUAUGCUGAUAUGCGUGUUCUUUAUCUUCAUACAUAUUAUAACAACUGUAUAUCACAAAUUUUUUCAAAAUAAUGACUUUUCAAAAGACGAAGAAAAUAUCUCUUCAAGGUAUUUCAUGAAAUUGCAUUAACGGUCAAUUGAUCUCUAUAAUUAGUUUUAGAAAGAUUAUUUUAUUCAAUUUAAUUAGAAAUAAUACAGUUCAAAUGUAAAGAACAAUUUGCAUUUCAAACUGAUUAAAGCUGAUUUCGUGAUUAAUAAGAUCUUUUUGUUUUGCCCUAACUCAUCUCCUAACAAUCAAAAGUUCAAAUUUUCUACAAUAUAUAUGCAGAAGAAUUUUCGACAAAAUUUAUGCGCACGUUGACUGACAAUAAGAUAUACACUCUUCAUGAGUAUAUCUUAUCUUUAAGAGACAAAACAAACAUAACAUUCAAAUGUAUGUUUUUGUUCUUAAUACCGUAAUAAACGCGUUGAGAAUAAUCAAAUUACAACUUAUAAUGUUUUCAUUUAUAUAUAAAAAAAUCAAAUAAUCUUUAUUAAGUCUCAAAUUGUGUAAAGAGAAAAAUACUGAAGAAAAGAAAAGCCGUCCAAUAAAAAAUUAUUGAGUGUCGUUCAAUUGAUCUUCAUUUCUCGAGUAAUAUUCAUUUAUCUUGUUUAUAAAGAUUAAUUCAAGAGAAAUAAGUAAAUUUACUUUCUUCUUACAUCUCUUAUAUAUCAUUAUAAAUAACAUCAAAAAAUUUUUCCAACGUAUAAUCUGUACAUUAUAAAUAUCAUGUUCCAUAAAAGUCAAAUGUUACAUGUUAAGUAUGUACGUAACACGAAAUAAUAUUGUUCACACAGAUACUUUCCCUGUAUGUUGAUUGAUACACACUCGAAGGACGGAAGAAUAAAUAACGUGGAAGGCAAGAAAUCGAUAAGUUAGCCGAGAUUUGGGUCAGCUCCUUUCAGUAGGAUUUCACUUUGACGUCAAGUCUUUGUUGGACUUACAAAUCAAUCACACGUGUGUGUGAUGUAGUUGGACUAGCUGAAUGUGGACUUGGACUACGGCUCUGAUGUUCUAGCACUGGAGUUUUUGGAACACCAACGAUCGCGGAAAGAUUUUGUAGACUUUUUGGGAAUGUCCUGGUUAUAAUCGAAUGCUGUGGACCAAUCAGGGCAUCUCCCAUAACACCUAAGCGCACUCCAUUACCGUACCUGUGCAGAGUUAUCGACAUAUCUACGAAGAAAAAGGAAUUGAUUGGAUUAUACUUAUGAUAAUUUUCAAAGAAAAUCAUUGAGAAAGUCAUAUAAAAAAACAAAGAAAUAAAUAAAAAUAAUUUACUGCAGUUUCCUUGAGGUGGUCUCCAGUAAACUGCAGCAUCUACACCUUCUAGUUGUAGAUCGCCAUCAACAUGAGUUAGAGACAAUGAAUAUCUUCUCGAUAAUUGAUUGAGUAUCAAUUUGAGAAGUAUCGAAGGAAAAAUUGAAGAAAUCAGACCACGUGAUGUUUCGGUUGCUGUGAUGGCAUAAAUGGCACUCUGCUUUGCUCUAGUUUCUUGUACAUUUCUUUGUAUCACCUUGGGAAAAUGUAGGAGAAGAGUUAUAUAAGUUUAUAGAAUUCGAAAGAAUUUGAUUUGUAAAAUCGUUUACCUGAAGAAUCUCGAGUAGAUCGUCUUCGAAAAGUGGAGUUCUCGUUGGUAAAGCCAAACAGACAAUACCUCUAGUUUCAUGAUUAUGCAAGAAAAUAGCUUUUUGAUUGACGAAUUUUGCUGUAGUUAAAACGUCAUCCGGAAUUCUAACGCCAGAAUGUCUAAAAUAUUCCUUUAGAGAGUCGACGAUAGCUGUUAAAAGGAUUUCAGCGUCUGUAGCUCCUGUCACACUGGAAAUCUUUUUUAAUACAUCCAAACUGACCUCUUCGGACCAAGCCACGACUUUUCUACCACAAGGUGAUAUCGUUUGCAAUCGAUUUGCUUGAGGAUGUUUCAAGAAAAGCUCCUCCAAUAUCAACUUCGGAGCUCCUAUUGCGAUCCACAUAAUGGAGAAGACUUCGAUCGUUGCUUGGAUUAUCAAUGGCAGAUAACACCAGAUCAUCGAAAUCAAAGUAUCCGGAUAAAAAUGUUUGUACUUCGAUUGCAGGGCUUGAAAUUCUCGAAAAAUCAAUAUAGGUGUCUUCAAAGUUAGUAUAAUAAGUAGAUACCAUGACCAGGCUAAGAUUGCAUAGAUGGUAUCAAUUGGAUGAAGAGUUCUUAGAACGGCAUAAAAUAUUAUGAAGACUCCAAAAUUUCUUUUAUUAACUUCUCUUUGAAGUAUAAUGAAGAAAUCAAAGAAUCUGAGGCCUUCGGAUUUUCUGUAUUGUCUGAAAAUUAAGAAAGAUUAAAAUCAAUAUAUAUAAGUUCA